AUGGUCAAAGCUACACGAGGUAAUUAUGGACGUAUGAUAAUACGGGCUGAUAUAUUGACCACUUCAGGCAUCCUCGUCAAGUGCGACGCGUCCAUCAAAGCCAUGUUGGUCGAUAUUGACAGCAAGAGUGGCAACGAGUACAUCAUCGAGGAGCUGGACGAGGAACAUAUUCUGGUCAAAGAAACAAGAAUCAACGAGCUCAAGGCGCGUCUGAACCAGAUGAUGAAGGAGCGUCUCAAGGAGCCGGAAAGUUCAGAUUCCGAGUAG